AUGGCAGUUAUUGCCAUCUAUCAAGGGGAGUGUGAUGAGAAGGAGACUCUGGAGGGGUUUAGGAAAAAGCAAGCGGGGAGUUCUCUUAGAAAUUCUAGAUAUUGUCUCAGAAACCAGAGAGGAAAGGAGUGCAAGAAGGAGGAAGCUGUCAAAGUGUCAGAUGUAGCAGAAAUUAACAGCUCAUCAGGUUGGCAGCCCUGCCCUCUCUACCUAGAAGGUCCAACAGCCCUGGCUUCUGAACCCAUGGCUCUUCCCUUAGAAUUAUUCUUCCUUCAUUUCAUUCUGUCUCUGUCCAGCAUUGUUUUUGCUUGCACAAAAUUUUCAGCAGUGCCCAUUCCUGUGUUCAGUUCAUGGGGGUCCAAGCCUUUGGACAAGAGGGUCCUCCACAGCCCUUUCCUGGGUAACCAGUCUCUAUUUAUGCCUUCUGCUGAAGUAGUGGUUUGGAUCCAUAAGUUUGUCCAGCCAUUUCCUCGGCCCUGUCUCCAGGAGUCACAAGUUAAAAAGGAAGCAAAACCAGUUUCAUCUGAAAAAGCUCAAAUACACAAACAAGACUUACCCAAACCGGAAAAGACUGUUUCUCAUGGUAAACCAGAUGAAAAAGUUGCCAAGCAGGUAAAAGCUAACGCAACAGAAAAAAUAGUUAAACCCAAACCAGCAAAAAAAGCUGAACAUCAAGAAAAAGAAUCUCCAUCUAUAAAAACAGACAAACCAAAACCAACUCCAAAGGAAACAUCAGAAGUAACAGAAUCAGCAAAGAAGAAAAUUGAAAAAUCUGAAAAGGAAAGCAAAGUCCCAGCAAGUAAAGAAAGUCUUCAAUCACACAAUGUGACAAAAGCAGAAAAACCUGCAAGACUAUCAAGGGAAGAUUCUGAGGAUGUACCAGCUUCAAAGAAAGCUAAAGAUGAAGCUGAAGAUGUGUCUUCUACAAAGAAGCAAAAAAGCCCCAUCAGCUUCUUCCAGUGUUUCUACUUGGAUGGAUACAAUGGCUAUGGAUUUCAGUUUCCUGUCACUCCUGCACACCGCCCUGGGGAGAGCUCUGGUCAACCAAGUUCUCCAGGACAGAAGCAACAAGGGCAAUAAGAGACACAUGCACAGCCCCUACAAGUGCUUUAAGACUUUGAAAAUAGGAUCUUCCAUUUGCCCACAGUGGCACAGGCAAUCGAAAUCAUAUAGUCCAGAGAAUUUCUUUGAAAAUAUUUUACUUUUCUGCCUGGUGUAGAAAGAAAGGGUGAGCAAAGGGAUUGAAUAAUAAGCAGACAAACGGGAGGGUCUGGAGCACAAGCAUUUGUCAUUUGUUGCUGGGUGUGGGUGCUUAUAUUUUUUAAACUUCCAUUCACGGUAGGGUUGUUCACAAAUUAAUUUAAAGUUUGCUUAAUAAUGGUCUUUUAAACAUAAUUGACACAAUUACAAAAUGAAGUUCCUGGCUUCAGUUAGAUAUUUACUUUUAAGUGAAAAUAAGACCAUGCUUUAAGUUGAAAGGGUAUACUAGCAUAAGCUGUUUUUUUCCAUCAUGUAGUAGGUAAACUCAACUUACUCAGUAAGUUGAUGUGUAAUAGUUUAAUUUUAUUUCUAUCUGAAUUUUUUGUUGUGACUAUGCUCUAAAAAGGGGUAACAGUUGCACCAAAGAAUGCUAUAAGCUCUUUGCGAUGUUAUCUUAGAGCUCAAAAUAUCUCUGAACUUUAGACAUGGUAAGAUGGAGUAGAAAUGUCUGAUGAAUCUUGUCUCUAAGAUUUGACUUGAAGUACAAUUAGGACAUUCACUCCUGCGGAAAUACACCAUCCAAUUAGGCAAGUCUGGUGAAUGUUUAAAUGUAAACAAAUGAGAGGUAGAAUAUUCAGAUUUUUUCCAGACUCUGCCCUAAUGAAAAUGUCACCUGGGUGGAAUUUUAGAUCAAUCACUAAAUUUGGGUGACGGAUGCAAGAAUAUUUUCAUUUUACUUUAAUAGGAUCAUUUUAUGGAUUUAAACAGGUUUUAUUCCUCGGAAUGUAAAAAUGUGAAUGUCAUCAAAGUUGAAGGAAUACAUUUUAAGCAUAAGUGCUUCAUGAGAUGUCUUAUUUGUUUUUUAUGUAAUUGGUUACCAGUGUCAAUAAAAUGGAUGACAAUCUUUAACUUACUUGAUACAAUGCAUCACUAGGAAUGACUAUUAUAGUUGUGCCAUCCUUUGUCUUCCAGUGAUAUAAACGUGUGGUUUUUUUUUUUACCACAUUUUUCUAUCAACGCUAAAAGUCAUGCCACUGUAACCUUUAUUGUGUUUACAGUUGCAAUUCAACUAUGACAAAUUAACUCAGGAAAUAAAGUGAGUAUUCUUACUGGCUUUAUAAUUGUCUUCAGUAAAGUCUGUAAAAGCCAGAGCUGAUACUAGCCAAGUGAUUUAUUUUCAAGGACUGCCAACUAAGUUCUUUAGGUCCAAGAUGUCAAAUGCUGUUUUGCUGAAAUAUCAUUAGGCUAGAGCAUCAGUAACAUGUUGAUUAAUAAUGGAUUUUCAGUGACUUUUGUGAAAAGUUUGUCUCAGUUGCAGGCUGAUGGACCUAACUCACACCACAAAAGCCAAUGAUGCUAUGAACCAAGACUAAUGACACUCCUUAGGGGGCCCUGGAGGUGUGUAACUUGAGUACUGACCAGAUGCUAUCAUCUUGCAAAGUCUCUUCAUGUAGCAAUGAAAACUUAUGGGUAGGACAGUGGAUUAAGUUUACUGCUCAACUGCUCCUCCAGUUGUCCAACUUAAUGACUAAAGGAAUAAACAGUAAAUAUGCUAAUUUUUUUUCAAUUUCAUAGAAAAGGAUGGCUUAUCCAUUCAAUAGCUAAUGCACAUUUACUCUUUCUAGGGCACUGUGUUAGGCAUUGGACAGUAAAAGAAAAAUAGUGAAUGUAAAUUCUUUUUCCAGUGCUAUCUUGACACGAUAUGUGGCCUUGGGAAAUUUGCUAAAUGUACUGUGCUUGUUUCCCGUUGUGUAAAAUAGGGAUUUCAAGACAAAAAACCUUAUAUCUCACAGACAUACUGUGGAGACUGGCAAAAUAUCUUAAUACCAAUGUGACAUCAAAAUUAAUUUCAGAAAUAAUUCUUGUGGAUGUGGCAAUGCUUUUCCCUCUGAGUGCUUUUCUACAUUGUAUUAUUGUUUCUUUCAUUAUCAUUAUGAAAACUAUUUGAUAAGAAAAUAAAGUAGGAUAAUUUAUUGUAAUAAGAAUAACACAAACCAAUUAUGGUGUAAACAGUAUAAAUAAUACUUGUUACGGUUUCUCUGCUUAAAGUUACAAUGAAAAUAGCACAUGGAAAAUAUUACUAAACUCUCAUCUGUUCUUAUGGUACCAUCAAAUAAAGUAUUUCUAGUCCUUUCA